GUGAUCUAUAAAUCUUUGUAUCGACCUAAGUUAGAAUCAUGAUUGAGAAAGUCAAUUCUCAAUCAAGUAGUAAAGACGAUACUUCAAGGAGUUUGUGGGUUUUUGGCUACGGUUCUUUGAUUUGGAAACCCGAUUUUCCUUUCGAAUACUGCGUUGUCGGCCAUAUCGAUGGAUUCGUCCGGCGAUUUUAUCAGGGAAGCACUUGGCAUCGUGGUGAUUCCGAAAAGGUAGAGAGCAUUCAAUUUUACAUUGAUUUGAAAACAUAAGAGAGUCUCAUAACGCGUCAUUUUUGCUUUCAGCCAGGUAGAGUGGUAACCUUGGUGGAGGAAAAACAGGUAUUUUUAUGUAAACAGCGUUAAUGAUCGUAGAAUUUCACUGUACAAAGCUAUCUUGAUAAGGUAGCAUUGAUAGAUAACAUCGCGAGCCACAGAAGGAAAGGAUUUAUUUGACUUCCUAGUUAACGAUAUCUUUGUAAUGGCAAUAACACGAUCAAAUAUAGUUUUUUUUUAGACGCGAUUCGAUUUUCCUAGGAUCUUUCAACCGGCUUAACGUCAAUCAGGCUGUACGAACAAUGUAUCAUAGAUUUUGUUUAACGCGUUCAGUUAAGGUAUGCAAGUUGAAUAACAAAUUUAACUUACGACAAUGAUGUACCAAAUGACCUUCGGAACAGUACAGUCUAUACUAUCGGACGCGAGAAACUUUUUUUUAAUCACUUAAGCUGUAGAGGAACUACAGUCACAUCUUAUUCAAGGAUAGUAUUAGAUCUGAAAGAAAUUGUUUCGUUCACGCACGAGUGGGCGUUUUAGCGUUUGCUUUCUCUAAAACGAAAAGUGCAAUCAAUUUGUUUUGGAAAUUUUUUAAGUCCAUGAUUCGUUAGUGCGUUGGUCGUAAACAAACUUGGAUUGUAAUUUGCAUACAGUCGUCUCUGCGUAAAACGGCUCAGAAUUUAUUAGGUCAAAACGUCUUUUCCUUUUGAUGGAAUCUUCCAUCGAAACAUUGAAAACUCGUGGAAGUCCAAUGCUACAAGCAUUUGCUUUGUAUCAGCGUGGGUGCAAGCAGGUCGAGACCCGAAUGCUGAUGGUCUAAUGAAAUACGCUCUUGAAUUUUGAUUUAAUCUCUAUCUUAUGUUGUUCGUUGUGUCUCCUUUGUAAUUGUGAAUUAAAUUUUAAAACAGCUUUUAUUUAGCUCCUUUGUGCUUGCGAGAAAAGGAAAAGUGAAAUUCGAGAACUUUCACUCGUGUUUUUCAUGCUGCUUUUAUAAAAAAUUUACGUAAUGAACUUUGAAAAGCUUGCUUUCUGAUGCAAAUACAUAUCUCCGCCUCUUGUGGUUUCGAGGAAUACUUUUAUUACAUCCAAACCAGAUGUUUUCCUAUACGUUGGUCCACCACUUUGGUAUUUUUGGUGAAAUUCGUUAUGUUUAAAUGUAAAAGCCACAAAAGUUCCUCGGCAAAUUAUCUCUUGGCAGGUUUUUGUUUACGGUGUGAGUCGGAAAAUUAGACAAAUUUUUCCUCGACCAGGUCCCCAGCUCAAAACCUGUCAUGCUGGAUUUUUGUAUUAAAUGGUUAAAUAAAUCUUUAAAGAGAUAAGGAGAUUCGUCAAAAUAAAACUCAAAGUGGAUGAAUUUGAUUGGCGAAUAGUAAUUCAAAAUGACACUUGUUAAAGAAAUUGUGAAGGGUUUAGGGGAUAUUGAAUUUGGGCAAGUUUACUUCGACAGGUGUCGUUAAAAAAAUCAUUUUCUUAAUUAAGUUCCUUUCCUUAAGUAAAUAGCGAAAAAUUUAUACUAGUCCUAGGAAAACUUGUGUAGUCCAAGAGGGCUCGUGGUAAUGGAACUCUUGGCAAGAAGAGCUUGUGGCGUGAGCCUAAUGAAUUUAGCGCUCAGCCGUCAGAAUAAUGAGAAAUGUCAUUCUACGCACAAAUCUUUGUUUCUUUCUUUGUUUUUUCUUCUUUUCAACUGACGCGCACUGCACGCUCUACAAUCAAAGUAUCAAACGCAGCACGUUUAUGAAUAAGAGUGCACGUGGUCCAAGUACUGACGUUCUGCUAAGUGGCACAUGACCGCUUAUCUGUAUUCAUCCAGAAGCAUAUACUCUUUCGAGUAAAUAGCGCUAAGAAGUAUCCGCCUAAGAUCGUUUAUUUUCAGCAGUGAAUCAUUUUUCACACUGAAUUAUUUGAUCGUAGAAAAUGCCUUCUUCACCGAAGAAUGAUAAGAAUGAAGAAUGCUUUCAAUCAAACAAAGAAACCAAAACUACUCCAACUGUGAUACGUCUUUGUCCAAGUACUAUUAUAAACCUCGCACUUCCGUCACUUUCCUUCCCACAGCUCAGUCCGAGCAGACUUGAAAAUUAGAGAGCGAAGGAAAAGAACGAAGAUUGUUGAAACUUAGGAACUAAUGGUUUGAUUUCUCACAUUUCGUGGCGUGUUACAAGCUUUAACGCCAAUCUUUAUUGUUACCACUAAAAUGAAGAAAAUCAUAACUCAAAACUUUUUAAGGGGACAUCAGAAACAAAGUUCACUAAAACCUACGAAAAGUACACUGACUGAGGACGUUUUCUUGUAUAGCUUGCGAAAAGGUACCUUUAAUGUGCACGUGUAAUUGUGUUUAUUACAUCCAUUUUGAAACCACUGGUAAUCUUUGCAAUCCGAUUGGCUCUCUGCAGUGCGAUUUAUUCGCAAAUUGCAUUAUCUUGUGUUCGAAAUCGCUUGUUUUUCUCAGCUAAUGAGAAAGCAACACUUAAGACAAAACAACCAACCAGAUUUCAAGGCUUAAUCACAGUAACCAAUCGAAUUGUCGGAAAGAAAAAGUUAUGAAAGGGAUCGUGCAAAUUUUGUAACCAAAAUCUUUUGGGACAAAAUGGAUGAGUUCAAUUUCUUACAGUUUUUUAAUUAAGAAAAUAAGAUAUUUGUACGGACUAAACUCCUGUAUUUGGGUGAUUAAAUUUUGUCAUUUGAAAAUGGGUGUAGAUACGAGGCAACACUACUGCCGUGUUAAUCAUAACCGUUACAAUUUCUUCAAAUGUGAUUGGUGCAUUGGCUGCUUUAUUUUUCACUAAUAAUUCUGCGUAGUUGUAAUCGGACAUAGCAAUUGGACAGUUGGCUGUAAUAGGACACUUGUACACUUGUAAUCAGACAGUUAAAGCAGCCAAUCAUACUAAGUCCACUCAGCUAAAUCCAUCAAUCAUGGAAUUGAUCACAAUAACCAUAGCAACAACCAAUUAUCCUCUCUUACUUUAGCUUUAGUCUCUACCAGAGAUGUUUGUGCCCAAUGGUUUUUUUCCCGGAAAUUUAACGGUUAUGAUAAAUUGGUAACAGGACUUCGUGUCGUCCAAUUCUGUCGGUAAACAUACUCGUGGUUGACAAAUCAGACUCCCGCUUCGCGGUCGUCCAAUUUUUUGUUCAUCACUCGUAUGAUUACAGACCGAAUUGGACUCCUCAGUCCUAUUAUUAUUAUCAAUUGGUUAACUUAUAUAUUUUCAUUUUCUCUUUAGGGCCGUGUAUGGGGCAUCGCAUACAAGGUAGCGAGGGAAAACGCCAAUCUUGCCUUGGGAAAACUCAACGAACGUGAAAUCGCUCUAGGGGGCUAUGAUCUUCGUCAAUUAUCUUUCAGUUGUAACGAGAAACCUUCACACAGAUUCAAUGUGGUGGCGUAUGCUGCGACUCCAAAAAAUGCUCUGUAUCUUGGACCAGCCUCGCCAGAGCAGAUCGCCUCACAAAUUGCCUACGCAAAGGGGAAUUCUGGCCUGAAUGUAGAGUACCUUGUUCGUUUAGCGGACUUUAUGAGGGAAAAAGUGCCAGAUUAUGACGAACGACACCUGUUUGAUUUGGAGAAAUUAGUCAAGAAAGAGUUAGGACUUUCCACUGAUGUUUUCACGCCAUGGACUCAGCUAAAAUACAACUUAACGAGUCGAGGAUGAAAUGAAAAUUGCGGGUGAUGGUUGUAAGUAGGACAUUAUCUAAUGAAAGAAUCGAUAAUUCCAUGAAGAAAAUCUUUAUUAGAAACAACUGCACUCGUUUUGUAUUGCAAAGAAAAAAUGAAAAACACUGUCUAAAUGACGUCCAGUCACUUAGAAAAUAACGUUAAGUGACAUUGCAUCAGUGUUGAAUUACUUUGACUUUUAAUAGAAUUUACCCAAUUUCUAUACUAUUUAUUUUUAGGGGAAGUAAUUAUAAGGGGCUGACAGAAGGCAUAUUGAAAACGUAAUUCCAAAAGGAUUUGUUUUCAUACUUUCGCAUCUAUCUUGAUGAGAGAAUGAUUUAUGUGACGAACACUUGAAAACAAAGAUAUAUUAUAAAUAUAGUGUAAAUAGCAAAAGUUUUGCUCAACUAACGUCGGGCCGCUUCAAUUUUGACCCACAAAUUCUCGUCUUUUUGUUAAAAUUGAACAAACCUAAGUCAAAACAAGUCUUACGUGAAAGUAGGCAACAGAGGUUAGAGGGGUUUGUAAUAUUUGAUGAAAAGUAGGAAAAUUGCUUUCCAAUUGUCGUUAACUCCCACUCUGGAGGACUGAAAGUGUGAAACUAACGCAAGCUUUGGAUACUUUUUACGUUGUUAAAAGGUUAUGUAUUUUAUAAGUAUGAAAAAGCGUUAACUUACAGGUUGCAAAAAAAAAACAAACAAAUCUAAAAAGAUUUCUUGAUUAAAUUGAUGAG